AUGGCAUCUGACGAAAGUAACAAUCAGCCUGCCAACUUCGUGUUGACAGCUCAGGCGCUACGAAAGGCAUUGCCGAACAUGGCAAUGGCCACAAAGGCCAUCCAUGCAGAUGACUUUGCUAGCCCUCACCGUGCUAUCGCCCCUGGGAUGCAUGUAGCUGUCAACUACAGGUAUGCGCGAGAUUCUGAUAAACUUGUUCCAAUGGAAAAUGAAGACCCAAACGCUCCCUACGACUCACAUGUUUAUUCGCGAUACUCGGCGCCUAACUCGACUCGUUUCGAAGCUAUAUUGCGUAACCUCUUUGAUGGAGAGGUCAUUUCCUAUUCCACCGGUCUCUCCGCCUUCCUGGCGAUGGUGAUCCUGCUAAAUCCGAAGCGCAUCUUCAUUGGCGACGGUUAUCACGGCGUACAUGGAGUCAUCGAUGUUGUGGCCAAACUGUCGGGUGUUCAGAAGCUGACACUGGACGAUCUCGACCAACUAGGCCGCGGCGAUAUCCUACAUGUUGAGACGCCGCUUAACCCUACGGGUGAGGCGCGCAAUCUUGCCUACUAUAGCAGCAAGGCUCGCCAGGCCGGAGCCUACCUGACCGUUGACUCCACCUUUGCUCCUCCUCCUCUGCAAAACCCCCUGCAUCUAGGCACCGAUAUCGUCAUACAUAGCGGCACAAAGUACAUUGGGGGCCACUCCGACAUGCUGUGCGGCAUCCUGGUGGUGCAUCCUGAACGCGUUAAACAGGGCUGGAUGAAGACACUUAAUGAGGAGCGCCGAGUCAUAGGAAACGUAAUGGGCAGCUUCGAAGGGUGGCUUGGCACCCAAUCCCUUCGUACCAUGCACCUGCGCGUCACUCGACAGUCCCAGGCGGCUGAAAAGCUCGUUGCAUGGCUUCAGGAACAACGACAGCUGCCGAACAGUGUGGUCGAGAAGUUAGUCGAUAGGCUGCAACAUGCUUCGCUUCAGCAUGGGGACUUGCAAGAUGGAUGGCUAAGAAGCCAGAUGCCCAGUGGCUUUGGUCCUGUAUUUAGCCUCUGGCUGAAUAGGCCAGAGCAUGCGAGACGGCUCCCAGGCAGACUAUAUGUAUUUCAGCAUGCAACAAGCCUGGGCGGCGUGGAGAGCUUGAUGGAAUGGCGAGCAAUGACCGACAGUGGCUGCGACGAACGGUUGCUUAGGGUUAGCUGCGGCGUGGAGGAUAUCGAGGAUAUGAAGGCGGAUAUACUGCAGGGACUUGAGUCGCUAUUCCGGGAUUUUCCUUGA